ACUGCUGUGCAGCGACUGAGCGACCUUUGUCCUGAUUCUCCAUCAGAGUGGACGUGAUCCUCAGUUUCGUGUCAGAGACAGAAGCAGCUCCACUGGACACUUGUCUCCUCCCUUCAGUUUGUUUGUCCAGUGGUUUAAUAUUUAACACACACACACACACACACACUGAGCAGAGACGUCUCAUCGGACAAACAGCAGCGUCGUUUCUAUCCAGCACUCGAGCGUCUCACAGCGGGACACACAUGGGACCUCGGACAGCAGUCACUUCCUCUAAGGAGGUGAAGGCGGCGGUCAGAGGCGGAGCUCGGCUGAGGAGCAGCAGUGAUGGAAGCAGGUACAGCAGGAGAGAGGUCGGCUCCUCCCCCUCGUCAUGCUCCUCCUCCUGCUCCUCACCUGUGCUCUUCAACCCCAAAUCAGUUCUGAAGAGGCCGGUGAGCACCGACGAGCUGCAGACACCAGGGGGCGCCUACGUCAAAAAGACCUUCACUAUCGUGGGUGACGCAGUGGGCUGGGGUUUCGUGGUCAGAGGAAAUCGUCCUUGUCACAUUCAGGCCGUGGAGCCCAGUGGUCCGGCAGCUGCUGCAGGGAUGAAGGUCUGUCAGUUUGUCGUGUCGGUCAAUGGAUACAGCGUCCUGGACCUGGAUUACCGGAGCGUGAGUCACCUGAUCCUGACCGGACCCAGGACUGUGGUGAUGGAGGUGAUGGAGGAGACUGACCACUGAGGGGCGACAGAGAGCUGACACACCACUCUAUGUCUGCAGUUCAUAUGCCAGUCCUGUAUGUGGCGCUGUAACGCUGCCUGAGACAUACACUAAAAAAGUGUGGAAUGAAGUUCACGGGGUCAAGGGUUAGAGGUGGAGCUAUGACAUCACUCCAAUAAUCUGAAACUGUUGUGGAUUUUUCCGGGAACGUCAUAAAAAGUAGGUAGAAAAUGAUGAUUCACAGUCUACGGCUUUUUUAUCUUUAAUAAUUUUCAACUGAUACAAAAAUAUUUGUCAUAAAUUAAAAAGAUAAAGCUAAAGAUAAAACUG